GGCUGCGGCCCCGCACAUCCGUGUCCGGGAGCCGCAGAUGGGCGGAGCUAGCUCGGCUCGUCGUGCCGGGGAUUCCUCAUCGUGCUCCUGCGGCCCGCGGUCCGCCAUGACAACCAUCGGCGACCUCCCCGAGGACGUGCUGGUGGAGCUGCUGUCGCUACUGCCCGUCCGGGACCUGCUCCGCACCUGCCGGCUGGUGUGCACGCAGUGGCGGUAUGUGGUGGACCUGACCACCCUGUGGAAGCGCAAGUGCCAGCGCGACGGGUUUUAUCGUCAGAGCUUGGACAGAAGCAUCUCUGACUGGAGGAUCUUCUAUAUGCUCUGCCACUUGAAGAGAAACUUAAUCAAGAACCCUUGUGCUGAAGAGAGCUUCCAGCACUGGACACUUGAUGAUAACGAAGGAGAUAAGUGGAAAAUUGAGGAUCUGCCUGGAGCUCAUGGAAAUGAUAUGCCAGACCCCACAGUACACAAAUACUUUGUCACUUCAUAUGGGCCAUGCUUCAAGUCUCAACUCAUUACCCUGAAGAAAGAAGGCUACUGGAAUCAGCUGAUGGAUGAGAAACGGCCUGAAAUUACAGUCAAGGACUGGUAUGCUGCUAGGUUUGACUGUGGGUGCCGCUAUGAGCUCACGGUGAGGCUGCUCUCGAAGGAUUACAUCGUCCUGGAGGAGUUCCACCCUGAGCCAGUGGUCAUUGAACAGUGGAGUGAUGCCAAGUGGAGAGAGAUUUCUUACACCUUCCAGAAUUACCCAGCAGGAGUUCGUUACAUCUGGUUUCAGCACGGAGGCCAGGACACCCAGUUCUGGGCAGGAUGGUACGGGAUCCGUGUGACAAACAGCAGCAUCACCAUCGGGCCCCAGACAUCAUUAUGAAGCACAAUCCUCCCGUGUGUGAACCAGAACUGUGAAGGUGCAACCUAAGAGAAGUGUCAGGUUCCAGCUCAGGGGACAGCUCCCAGAGGAUCAGCCAAGCCAAGCAAUGCCAGGCAUUAGGCUGUUUGGAUCCAAGUGACAUUUACCUGGGGGGUUGUUGUCCAGCACAGCAUCACAGACGCUGAUUUUCAGGAUGAAGGCACGCAGUAACUGCUCGACAUGGGACAGCAGGGACUCAGAACUGUGGAGGAGACAGCAGUUGUUACUGGCAUGCAGCAAAGGCCUGAAGUUGCUCCCAGAAUAUGUCCCAGGGCUGGCUGUUGGAUGCCAUGGGCAAGCAGGAGUGGAAAUCUCACCUAAUAGAAAGAAGAGGUGGCUGGGUGAUCUCAAAGACAAAUCUUUCCACGGGGUGGUGCUCUUUAUCCAGGAUUACAACCACAACUUUCUCCACAUCGUUCUGCAGGAACCAAGACAGAAAAAUCCCUUCCUUAAUAUGAGCUGUCUGCUGCCCAGUGUGCUUCACAUACUUUGAUGCAGUGGGAGUACACUCAGUUGUUGGAGCUCACAGCACAAGCCCUCAUCCAAAACCUGAGUUCAGAUUAUUCUUUGCAAUCAGAAAAAAUGCUUUUGCAAAGCAAUUUCUUGCUGAGUGUUAAGCUGCCAGCUUGUGGCUAAGGCUGAGGGUUAUGAAGUGUGCUAAACUGUACGUUCCUCUAGAUCCCGUUUAGGAACAAAGGAGGAAAUGCACAGCCAUCUCACUGCAUCACUCUGGGAUGGAUACCAAUGAAGUUAAGAUACAUUCAGACCAUUGCCCAAACAGAGCAGCUUUGUACAACCACAAUGUAAAACUGACCUAAUUCCAUUUUCUUCAUGUGCAUUAAAACUGUCUGUAAAGAGCAAGGCAUACAAAACCUGCCAGCAGCCUCCUAGAAUGCUUCUUUGGUCACACCUUUCUCUCGCAAAACCUGGAGUCCAGACCUACCUUUGCUUGCUGGCUCACAGCAAAGCAUUCAAACUGUUCUGCCACAGCAGGUGCUUAAACUGGGAUAGAUUGUAAAGCAGAAUGGUAGGAUGAUGUAAUUGGAAGUAUACAGACAUAUGUCCUUGUGUGGUAUAUGAGACAAGCAAGGCAGGGUUUUAACUGCCAGGAAAGGUUAUGAUAUUUUUAGUUUUGUUAGAAACUUUUAUCAGCUAGUAUAUUUUAUAUGGUAAAUUUGUAAACAAAUGUUGCAAUUAAGGUAAUAUUUAUGUUCUCUUAUUUUCUAUCAAAUCCACUUCCAGUACCUUUGCCCAGGUCCCUGGUCUGAGCUCACCUUCUCCAGCAGCGGCUUUACACAGUGCAGUGUGUCCUGGAUGUACUGGUUCAGCUCUGGGUGGCAGGACAUCUGUAGCAAACACAGGGAAGAGUCAGAGCUGUGUUUGAUAUGAGCCAGGACAAUGCUGAAAGGGAAGAUUUAAACAGAAGUACCAGUGUGUACAAGGAAUUCAAGUCAUGCUUCAAAUAGUGCUGAAAAAUGCUGAGCUGCCCAUUCAAACCAGCAAUUCUUUCAGGGAAGGGUUAAUCAGCAGAUCACUGCACCCACACAGUUGUAUAUCAGGAAUGUAUACCCACAACAGCAUAUUUGGAAUAGCAUAUUCCAGCCAUCUUUACUUCCUAGGAAACAUGCUUUCCUGUUACCUCACUGCACAGAGCUGGGGCAGCCUUCUACUACUGUUGUCCAUGACCUGCUUGUUCCAUGAGCAUUUGCUGUAUCCUCAGCUAUGGGGCUGUUCUGUCAUGACAGGAACUAAGUUCUCCUCAAAAAUAAGGCUGUACAUUAAACAACCACUUCCAGAGUGUAA